AUGAUUCCCACUACACAACGAAACGGCUCUCUAAUAGUUGGAUGGAGACUACAAGAGCGUCAUGUACUUAUCAUUGGCGGUAAUCAUAUCGCAGCAAAUCGUAUUGAAUUUGCUUUAGACGCAAGGCCUCAUAAAAUAACUUUGAUAACAUCUCAUACUAAUAUCUCUUCCGAUAAAGUUAAAGAACAUAUCGAAAAAAAAAAUGUUAUUCAUAAAAAUAGAGAGUUUGAAGCAAGUGACCUUUUUGAAAGUAAUAAUUCACCUGUAGAUUUAGUUCUUUCUGCAGUUGAUAAUCCACAACUUUCAGAAAAAAUCGCUACUGCUGCUCGUGAAUUGAGAAUACCCGUUAAUAUAGCCGAAAUACCGCACUUAUGUGAUUUCUGGUUUAUGCCAACAUAUCGUGAUGAGCAUUUACAAGUCGCAAUCUCUACAAGUGGAACUGGACCUCAAAUUGCUCAUAAGAUCAGACAGCAUAUAAUUGAAAGUUUACCUCAAAAUAUUACAACUGCAAUUGAUAAUUUGGCUCUUUUGAAACAAAGUUUAGGUGGCUCUAAUAUAUCUGUGCUUUCAAAGAUAACCGAUACGUUACCUUUGAACCAAAUCGCACAACUUUCAAAUGAUGAUAUUAAGAAAUUGAUAUCUGAACAUAUUAGAAAUGUUGAUGAUGAGGAGACUGAAGUUUCUUCAAAUUCUAGUAAUGAUGAGAAAAAAUCAGAUGUUACGUUCGUUGAUGAACGUCAGAAUAAUAGUACUACACUUAAAUCAAAACUUAUCAAUGAAAAUGGUGAUGAUAUUAUUUCGCCAUUCACUUCAGGUGGUAUUCAAUUGGUAGAUGGUAAAACUGCAGUCGAACAUAUCGCCUAUGCUUUUAGUACGACAUCAUUUAUUUAUCCUACAACUCGAACACAUUACAUUGGGGAAGCAGCUUUUAAUUGGGCUUCACAAAGUGUCCGUAAUGCUUAUGGACAAUUGAGUCAAGUAAUUAAAAUGGACACUCGUUAUGGAGCGUCCACAGCAAUUUUGGGCACAACCUCUGCAACAUUGGACAGAGUUUCAAUUUUCACAACUUCACAAUCAAUUGUUUCUAUGAUCCCUAAUUUUUACGGUAUCGUACAAGGGAAAAUCCCACUGGUCAUACACGUUUCCGCUUUAGGAAAUGAUGAUCAAAUGAACAAUUAUGUGAAUUAUAAUGAUGCUUUGACAGCGCGUGAGACAGGUUUUGGAAUAAUUAAUUCUUAUUCUUCUCAAGAAAUUCAUGAUAUUGCAUUGAUAACUCAUUUGGUUUCAAUAUCAACAAAAACUCCGUUUCUUCAUGUGUUUGAUGGGUUAAGAACAGCUUUCGAGUAUUCUAAAGUCGAACUUUUACCCUAUAACGAAAUAUCAAAGCUUAGCGAUAAAUUAGUAAAAAAUUUUUCCACCGAAAAUUCAGUUGUAGAUUACAUCGAAAUUGUUGCUGAUAAAGUUGGUCAACUCACAGGACGAAAAUAUCAUGCUUUUGAAUAUAUUGGAGAUCCAAACGCCGAAUCGAUUCUUUUUGUUUUGGGCGGUGAAACUGUGAUAGCAAAAGAAACUUUAAAGAAAAUUAGCGGUGCUGAGAGGAAAGUUGGCGUUAUAAUUGCAAGAGUAUAUCGUCCAUGGUCGGAAAAGCACUUUUUGGCAGCUGUACCAAAAACGAUAAAACGAAUUGCAAUUCUUGAACAAGUAGCAUCUAAAGAAGAUUAUUCUUAUGGGUCAUCAAUAUUUAGUGAUGUUGCUGUAUCAUUCUCAUCUAACCUUUGGAAAGGGACAUGUCCAACAUUGAUAGACGCAAAAUAUCCAACAACACAAAAGUUUUCUCCACGUGUAAUUCACCAGCUUUUGAAACGAUUGGAAGCCAACGAAGAUAUUAUUUUUAAUGAAGAACUUUUACCAGGAAAUGUUGACAGUUUAAAUAUAAAUAAUGUGAAGCAAUGUUUAUUUUGGGAUUUGGAGUCUAAAGAGACUGUUCAAACCGUUAAACAUAUUUCAAAAAUUCUUGGACAACAUUCUCGAUUCAAUUUAUCCACAUUCUCCACUUUUGACAUAUAUAACAAUGGAAGUGUUGUAACAACAAAUCUGCAAUUAGGAAAUGAAGUUAUAAGUGGAUUUCAAGAUAUUGAAUCUAGUUAUGAUUUCAUUUCCAUACAUGAUGUUAGUUUAACAAGUAAAUAUAAUAUACUAGCAUCAGCUAAAAAUGGGGCCUUUAUUGUUCUUAAUACAACUUGGACAGUAGACGAAUUGGAGACAAAAUUACCAAAUGAUUUUAGAUAUGAAGCCUCAAAGAAAAAUAUCAAGCUUUAUAUUUUGAAUAGUGAGAAAGUAGCUCAGAACGUGGGUUUGAAUUUAGACGUUGCUACUAAUGUUAUACUUCAAAGUACAUUCUUAAAAUUAAUCAACCGUGAAGUCAAACUUGAUUGUACUUUGGAAGAUUCUAUCAUAGAUUUAUAUGAAGGUAAUAGUGAAAAAGAAGUUUCAUUGUUAAUUCGUAAUAUUUGCCAACAAACAGAGAAAUCAAUCAUAAGUGUUGAACUUCCUCCUACGUGGGGAAUAUUGGAAAAAUCAGAUCAAAAUUUACCUUUAACAAUUCAAAGCAAUUCAUUAGAUAGAAAUCUAGAUAAUCCUGAGAUAGAAAAACCAAAACUCCAAAGUUGGCAUGCAGUAGCUCGGAAUCUACUCUUCAAAGAAGCUUUUGAUUCAAAUCAAAUUACUCGACCAGAUUUAUCUGAAAAGACUUAUACCAUUCGUGUUAGUGAAAAUCGACGUUUGACUCCGAUAUCUUAUGAUCGUUAUUUAUUCCAUAUUGAGUUUGAUACAACAGGAACGGAUCUUAAAUAUGAUUUGGGAGAAGCUCUGGGUGUUUAUGGACAUAAUGAUAGCGAAGAAGUCAAUAAAUUCUUGGAAUUUUAUGGACUAAAUCCCAACGAUAUUAUUUUAUUACCAAACAAAGGUGAUCGCCUUGAAUCUAGAACUAUAUUUCAAAUAUUUGCACAAGUCCUGGAUAUCUUUGGUCGUCCUGCAAAGCGAUUUUAUGACUCUUUGGCACAAUACGCCACUAAUGAAAAAGAGAGAGAAAAGUUACUAUGGAUAGCAAGUAACGAAGGAUCUCAAGAAUUCAAACGUCGUGUUGAAGAUACAAUCACAUACGCAGAAAUAUUGUAUGAGUUCUCCUCUGCACAUCCACCUAUUGAAGAUCUCGUACAAUUAAUUGCACCGAUUAAACCACGUCAUUAUUCGAUUGCAUCCGCUCAAAGCGUACAUCCUAAUAGUGUACAUCUUUUAGUUGUUACAGUUGAAUGGGAAAAUUCUAGAAGUGUAAAACGUUUUGGCCAAUGUACUCGUUAUUUAUCCGGUCUUAAAGUUGGAGAAAACGUAAUUGUUUCUAUUAAACCUUCCGUGAUGAAAUUGCCUCCAAGAGAUACUCAGCCCGUCAUCAUGGCCGGUUUGGGUACAGGAAUGGCGCCAUUUCGUGCAUUUAUCGAAGAACGUGCGUAUCGUAAAUCACAAGGCAAAGAAGUUGGUCCUAUGAUACUUUAUUUUGGAUCACGUAAUAGGUCAAUGGAAUAUUUGUAUGGAGAAGAAUUAGAAGCUUAUCAUACAGAAGGUCUACUCAGUCAUUUGAGAUUAGCAUUCUCGCGUGAUCAAAAACAUAAAGUAUAUAUUCAGCAUAAGAUGCAAGAGGAUUCUGAAUUGUUAAAUCAAUAUUUACUUAAAGAUGAAGGUUGGUUCUAUCUUUGUGGACCCACUUGGCCGGUACCUGAUGUUAAAGAUGCGAUUGUUAAUAGUUUUGUGACAUCAGGCGGUCUUUCUUCAGGCCAAGCAAACGAUAUGGUAAAUAAGUUGAAAGAUUUAGAAAGAUAUAUUCUUGAAGUUUAUUAA